AUGGCGCAGUCGAGCACCCACCAUGACACCGCCAACGAGUCCCGCCGGGCUCCGCUGCCUUGGUACCAGGACACGGUCUGGGGCGUCAUGGUCAACAAGUUUUCCCACGGCAAGAGUCUGCCUUACCCAGAACAAAAGAGCGACUUUGUAGCCCCGGAAAGGUAUCAAUCUGGCUACAGGACACGGCACGCCUCCGAGGCUUCGCCGCUCUCGCCUGCUUCGUCGUCCUCAUCGUCUGCCUCGGGCGUCUCCGGGCCCACACGGGUCAACAGCGACGAUGCUCCAGCCACAACCAAGCCUGACAAGGCUAAUGACGGCAAUGCAGAGUCCGCACCCGACGACGAGAAUGACGACUCGCACCCCUACCUCGUGGAUUGGGACGGUCCCAACGACCCCGACAACCCGCUCAACUGGACCUCGGGACGCAAGUUCUUCGUGACCGGCCUGCUGUGUCUCCUCACCUUUUCGGUCUACAUGGGCUCAGCCAUCUACACGCCCGGUGUCGAGCUGGUUGCCGCCUACUUUGGCGUCGGCACCGUCCCUGCCACGCUCGGCUUGACGCUCUUCGUCUUCGGAUACGGUCUUGGACCCAUGGUCGGCCUUUCGUCCAUCUCCGAGAUUCCCGCGAUCGGCCGCUCUGCACCCUACCUGGUCACGCUGUUCAUCUUUGUGAUUCUCCAGAUCCCCACGGCGCUCGUCAACAACAUCGCCGGGUUCAUGAUUCUGCGAUUCCUCGCCGGAUUCUUUGGUUCGCCUCCGCUGGCGACGGGUGGUGCUUCGAUCGGCGACAUGUACAGCCCGCGUGUGCGUCCGCUCGCCAUCGGUGUAUGGGGUCUUUCUGCCGUAUGUGGCCCGGUGCUCGGGCCGCUCAUCGGUGGCUUUGCUUCGCAGAGCUUCGGAAGGGAGGGAUGGCGCUGGACCAUCUGGCCCCUCCUCAUGCUCUCCGGAUUCAGCUUGGUCGUCCUCAUCAUCGCCUUGCCGGAGACGAGCGCGGCUAACAUUCUCGUGCGACGCGCUCAGAGACUCCGAAAAGUCACCGGAAACCCCCACCUGCGCACCAAGGGCGAAAUCUUUUCCGCGCACCUCACCGGCAAGGAGCUCGCUCUCAUGACCUUCGUCCGUCCCUACGUCCUCUCCUUCACCGAACCUAUCGUCCUCGGCGUCAACCUCAGCAUCGGCCUUGUCUACGGCGUGCUUUACCUGUGGUUCGAGGCCUUUCCCCUCGUCUUUGUCCAGACCUACGGCUUCAAUUCGGGCGAGCUGGGACUCGCUUUUAUGGGCAUCUUCGUCGGCGCGGUGGUCAUCUACUGGCCGUUCUACCUCUGGGUCAAGCACUCCUACCAGCCGCUCUUCGACAGGCAGAACGGCAAGGUGGCUCCGGAGAAGUGGCUCGAGCCGGCCAUGGUCGGAACUUGGGCCAUCCCUGUCUGCCUCUUCGGUUUCGGCUGGACAGCGACGGCGUCUAUUCACUGGAUGGCCCCCAUUGCCCUGAGCAGCCUCUUCUCGGUCGGCACCUUCCUCAUCUUCCAGUCGGGUCUCUCGUACCUCGGCGAUUGCUAUCCCGAGUACAUCGCCAGCGUCUACGCCGGCAACGACUUUUUCCGAGCGGCCAUCGGUGGUGCACUGCCGCUCGUGGCACGCGCCAUGUUCAACAACCUGCAGAGCAACGGACCGCGCGCGUUCCCCGUCAGCUGGGGCUGCACCUUGAUCGGAUGCGUUUCCAUCCCCAUGUGCUUCAUCCCGCUCUUGCUCCAUAGGUACGGCCCCAAGCUCCGCUCCAUCUCCAAGUACACCGUCCACGGCGGCGCAAACGGCGGGUCGGAAAAGAAUUAA